AUGAACGACUCGCUAUUCGAGGGCAGUUUGUCGCAUUUGUACGCGCAGGUCUACAGCAUUGCCCCGGUCGAGAUGAAUCGGAACACGAUGCGGCGACUGUUGGCAAACGAUUCCGCACGAACCUUGUCCCAGGUGCGCGUCUCGGCAAACGGUUUGUACUUCACUACCCAAUGGUACACCGGUUAUGAGGCGUUCGGUGCCUCGGCGAUCAAAGAGGCUCCGACCAGACAAUUAAUCAAUCAUUUAACCGGCACUGUGACCAAUGUGUCUGAGUACGAGACCACAGAAUUUGUCCAGGCAUUUCGUAUGGACCCGGAUGCUGGUCUGGCCUUGUGGUACAUUGAGCCAGGAGGAACGGAGACCGGAAACGCGUCCACUGCACAAGUGUAUCUCAUCUGGCACAGCCAUUUGCUCAUGGUGCAUAGCUGGGACUCGCAUCAUCAUUCCCCGAUGGCCGCCGGAUCGGAAGUCGACCAUCUGGUCCGAGUUCCCCGGGCCCCGGACACGCAGACAGCCAAAUCGGCCAAACAGCAUCAGGCCCCAACAAGCACUUAUCGGAUGAAAGUGAAAGAGAGAUUUCUGAAUGCCACCCAGUCUCCGCUGUAUUUGCUUCACCCCAGUCCACCUUUCGGAGAUCGUCCGGUCUCGAAUGUCGUUCUACGGUUGAUAAGCUUCAGUCCGACCAAGAAACGCGAUUCACCUGGUCCGACCAAACCCGGUCCGAGUGCGGCCCCAUCCCCCGCGUCAAACACUCAUGUUGACUGGGAUUCGGUAGCCAGUGGGGCGCUUGUUCGACUCUGGUUUCCCCCCUAUCUAAACGAACGACAUUUGAAAUCCUAUUCACUAAUGAUCAAUGUAUCGCUUAGCGAGAACUACCAUUACAUUGAACGUAACCGAACAGCCCUGAUUGGUUCACCGGGUUUGCCCAGCCAUAUGGCCGGAUUGAUUCUGAGUUCGGACAAGGCUGCAUUGAAUCCGUCUUGCGAAUACGCCGAGGCUGUACGGUUAUUCGGCUCUCAAGAUGAAAGAAAAUAUUAUGAAUUUGAUCUAACAAAACUGGCCAAUCGCUAUCGAAACAAAGAAUUACUGAUAGUGCAUGCCUCGGCUGACACUACUGUACCAUUCGCGCAAACUAUGAAAUUCUUGUCUGCGCUGAUCGAGGAGAAUAUUGAUGUGAAUUUCUAUCCUUUGUAUGACAGAACAGAUUUAUCAGUCAACGAGUUCGAUUUGAAGCACACUUUGCUGACCAAACUGUCCUCGUUUCUACUUGACUGUCUGAGUCGAACAGGCGGACAGCACAGUCACUUUUUGACAAAGAAAACCAAUACGGAAUUUAAGGAAUCUCCCCCGUGA